AUGUAUCUAAAAGAAGCCAAUUCACAAUCACAAUUAACCAAUGAGACUUGUUACAAAAAACUGUGGAGCAACCCCACGGAACAAUUUUUAACACAGUAUAAGGAUCUCAUCGCUCAAGCCAAAAUGAAUAACAUCAUCAGUGAAAAAGAGAAGAAAUUCCUGACUGUAAACCAUCCGAAAACAGCCACCUUUUAUUUGAUCCCCAAGGUACACAAAAAUGCCAAACAUCCUCCGGGUCGUCCCAUAGUGUCUGGUAAUGGAAACUUGACAGAAAAAGCAAGCAAAUAUAUCGACCAGCGAUUAAGAGAAUUUCUAACAGAAAUCCCUUCAUAUAUAAAAGACACUAUGGAGACACUUCAGCAUUUACAAGGUAUCCAAUUAGGACCCACAUCUUGGCUUGUCACUGCAGAUGUGGAGGCUCUCUACACCAGUAUCCAACAUGAAUUAGGGCUGGAAGCAGUUCGAUACUACCUUAAUUUACAAACAGAAGAAGAUGACAAUCACAAUAAAUUUGUGUUAAAAUUACUUGAAUUUCCAUUUAGAAGUUCGUCUCAAGAUGGCAUCCCACGAAGAUUUCGAAGGAGCAUCCCGGUGAGCAAUCCCUAUGAAGCCGACAUUAUGUCCUACUUACCCCCAGAACCUAUUGAGCCACUGUAUCCUGAAAUCAGCCAAGCUAUGGCAGCUCAUCUUGCCAGCUAUUUAAAUGAAGAGCUCUUGGCCCAAGCUUUGGAGAGGAUGGGUCCAGGCCACAGAGUGGAGCCCACUCAGGAUAAUAUUUCCCUCCAGCAACUGGUAGAAGAAGGGCAGAGAAGAGAUAAGGAAGCCAUGUACCUGGCAAAUCUUCUCCAGAUGUGGAACCAGAUUAAUCAGGGACAAGGCUACGCAGAACAACAACUGCAGAGUCUAAAAGGUCCACUGAUGGCUGAUGACGGAUUCCAGGGAGCCUACCCAGACUAUGAUGAAACAAGUGUAUCUUCAGUCCCUAUCAAUCCACAAGUUCUAAGGAACCAAAUGGCACAAGUAUUGCAGAGUCGUUACAGGCAGAAUGGGGGAUAUGAAGGCCCUGCUCCUCGUUUGCAACUGGAUGAUCACAGUGGUAAUGGGAAAACAAUGGAUGAAGAGAUGCUGAGGUACCUCGUGACACGGGUGCUUUCUGCAAUGAGUGAAACUGAGAUGCCCCAACGUCUCCCGCCGCCCUCUACUCGCCGCCUGCGUCGCUCUCUUGACGACGAGCAUGUAGGCGAUUCCACACCCAACCUCCUACGUGUGAAGAGGCUAGAUGACAAUACAGAACCUGACUACCCCCCAGGAAUGCUGCUCCGCAGGAAGAGGAUUGAGGAUGGGCCAGAGAUUCAGAGUCGAAACAAACGCUUAACUGAACAUAGAGUUGCUGAGCAGCUCCUGAAAUACCUCCCUGAAUAACUUGUAUAAAAAUAUGUAUAUAGACAUACACAUAUAUACGUAACAAGACCUACAAUUAUACAUUAUACACACACACCUGUAUACAUAUAUGUAUCAAAUACAUUAUGCGUAUGCAGAGAGAGAAACAAAUGGUGGAAUACAAAAUCUAAAUCAUGCUUAUUAUAUACAAUGGGUAGAAGCUGUGACUGUAAAAAAUUAUGUCACCAUAAUCAAAACGACAAUAUGUAAAGGGACACGGAAUUCAAAAGUAAAUGUUUAUGAUUUAGACACAAAAUAUAAUUUAAAAAAAUACCAUAUAUUAUCAAAUUGAAUUAUUUCUCUCUGUAUCCUUUGUUUUGAGGGUCAUUAUAGUUGAAAUAUGAGAUGCAUUAAAUUGUUAGAGCAUCUACAUUUAAGACUACUGACCCUGUACUCCUAUGUAAUUAAAGGGACAGUCAACACCAGAAUUUUUGUUGUUUUAAAAGAU